CUGCGAGGGAAGGAGCGGGCGGCGCCGCGCGACGAGGUAGUUUCACCUGAAACUCCGCAGGUGGGGACGGCGAGCAGCGGAGCAAAAGAGUGGCCGAGGAUGCUGGUGCUGCCGCUGCUGCUAGUGCUGGUGCCGCUGCCGGCGGCCGCGCUGCGGGGCCGGGCGGCGCGGGACGAGGCGGCCGCCGCCGCCGCCUUCGGGGAGAGGUGCCUGGACCACUUCACCGUGGGGCUGCCCGACUUCGUGCUGGACACGGACGCGUCGGUGCAGAACGGCGCCACCUUCCUGUCCUCGCCCGCGGCCGCGCGGGGCCGGGACUGCGUGCGCGCCUGCUGCAAGGAGCCCGCCUGCAACCUGGCGCUAGUGGAGCAGAGCCCCGACGGCGGCGAGGACGGCGUGCGGGCCUGCUUCCUCCUCAACUGCCUCUACGAGCAGGCCUUCGUCUGCAAGUUCGCCCGCAAGGCCGGCUUCCUCAACUACGUGAAGCGGGACGUGUACGACGCCUACGUGUCCAUGCGGGAGAAAGGCGAGGGGGAUGAUCUGCCUCCCAAAGCUCGUGCUGGGAUGGACAUGAAGGUACAGCCAGGGGAGGCAGUGGUACUGAGAGGUGCAGAAAGCUCAGAUGACCAUGGGAUUGUCAGUUAUGAUUGGAAACAUCUCUCUGGGGACUCAUCUGUUGUGCUGGAGAAAAAAGGGGAUGAUCAAGUGGAGGUCUCCAACCUGCAGAAAGGGAUCUAUGUCUUCCAGCUCACUGUCACAGACACUGUUAACCAGCAGGACACUACCAACAUCACCAUUACAGUUCUGAAUGCUGAGCAGACUGAAGAUCACUGCUUGACUCCUAGUAAAGUGGGUCGGUGCCGGGGGUCCUUUCCCCGUUGGUUUUACAAUCCAGAAUCUCAGCAAUGUGAGAAGUUCAUUUUUGGGGGCUGCAAGCCCAACAAGAAUAACUACCUGCGAGAGGAGGAGUGUAAUCUUGCCUGCAAGGAUGUUCGAGGGCCAGUUGGAAGACGGCAGCAGCCAGUAUGUGACGGGAACUGUCAGGCCUCACACUUCAAAUGUAGGGAUAGCUGCUGCAUCGAUGGCUACCUAGAAUGUGACGAAACUCAGGAUUGUGCUGAUGGAUCAGAUGAGGCAGACUGUGAAAGAUAUGCUCUUGAGUUCAAUAACCUCCGGAAGAUCAACGGUACAAGUGAACAAGGUCAUUGUGUGGAUUUGCCUGACACUGGGCUGUGCCAGGAGAGCAUAACUCGUUGGUACUACAACCCCUUCACUCAGAAAUGCAGCCGCUUCACCUAUGGAGGUUGUGAUGGCAACAAGAAUAACUUUGAACAUGAAGAAGAUUGUAUGAAAUCGUGUGCUGGUGUCACAAAGUCGGAUGUAAUUGGCCAGAGACUUGAUUUCUAUGAGACCCAGCAAGCUAGCUUGAGUGCUUUUGAAGUAGCCAUUGCGGUCCUGCUUGGCAUCUGUAUCAUGAUAGUCCUGGUUAUUAUUGGUUACUACUACCUGAAGAACAGAAAGAAGAACAGCCGGCGACGCCAACCUGCCACUGCUACGAACUCCACCCUCUCCACCACGGAGGACACUGAGCACCUGGUUUACAACAGCACCACCAAACCCAUUUGACCUAAAAUGCUUCCCUCCGACUUGGCAGUGGGAACAGUUCCACAUGACUGUGGGGGUUUGUUUGAAACAAAGGUGGCUGAAGGACUCCUUGCCUCUCUCUUUAUUUUCCUCUGUUAGAUGUAGCAUACUAGGAAGCUGUAGCCACAGUUCAACUUUAUUAGAGCUUACAGUUGUCCUGGAUAAGUGCUUUUGCAGUUGAGGGAGGGUGUCUCUUGCCAGUGACAGCUUUAAUGUCACUUGUGCCUUCCACUCUUUCCUAGAGAGGAGCCUGUUUUGACUAGAAGGAUCUGCUGUACUGACUGAAGGAGCUCUGGUUUGACUUGUGUGGCAUUAUCUCUUCCACAGGCCUACCAGAGCCAGCCAUUUUAUUUUAUUUUAUGUUGUCCUGUGCCACACAGUGCUACCUACUUUGAACCUGUCGAUGCACCUAUUUUUCUUCCUCUUCAUGCUUAUCCCUUUACAGUACUAUCUUCCAAAGAUAGCGUCCCAACAUCAAACCCAGUGUUCUCAGUGAAUUUCUUUGGGGUCCUGUGUUGUGUGACUGGCUCCAUAAACACUGAUAACUGCAUGGCAGUCUGCAUGAGCUUUUUUCCUGUGGUGGGCAAGGUAGGACUGUCUGCAUUUUUUUUUCUAUGAUCACUUGAAUUUUGAGCAGAUACUACACAAAAGUGAAUCUAUUACUUUCCUAAAUGAUCCCAAGUUAACAUCAGCAGUCUGCAUCCACCUACAUUCUCUCUCUUACCUGCUCUCCCUUGCCCUUCUCCCCCUCAUUUCCACCACCCUUUUUUGCCACCUAUUUACUUUUCAGCUGGACAGCCUAAUCUCUGAACAUUCCUUGCAAAUGUAGUAUUUAUUUGUGUACAAAAAUGUGAAUGAAAGGGAGGAUCCUUAUUUUUCCUGCUAGUUCUAGGAGUAAAGAAAAAGGGCUGCUUCACCACCACAGUAGGUUGAGCCAGACCUCAUGCCUCAGCUCUGAUUUAGUGCCACCUGUUGAUUGCUCAUUGUAAGCCUUGUUGCAAGCUUCUUCAGAAAGGGCUGCUAGACACUGCUUGUGAACAAGGAAAUAUCUUGGCAAAAGGACUGUAACUAGCUCUGGGUGGGUGGGUGGGGGGUGCUAUAGUGAAAGAGGACUUGGAGAAAUUGCUUCCUCCCCAUGCUCCUAAACUGAACAGAAGUGAAACUGACUGUGUGGGGAAAGAGGGUGUGUUGAUCUCAUGUCCAAAAACACAAUGACCCAGCCCCUUUACUGGUGAAACUGUUCAGAUUCUUUUAGGUUUGCCCAGCCCUUGGCUGUGACUUGGAUGUACUGCUGGGGUGGGCUUUCUGUAGUAGUCUGAUAUGAUGAACUUGUUUGCUUGUUUUUGUUUUGGGUUUUUUUUGUAAAUAUUGUGUAUUUAAUAUUUUGAGGCCAGCAAUUGCAAAUGUGGCUAGAAUGCUUGGCUACUAAACAGUGCAUCUGAUUCUGUCCAGAAUAGAUGGUUUGCAAAGCAAACCUCCCUUAGCUUUCUUACUCCUUCCAUCCUGUUUCUCCUGGACACUUAACUCUUGGCUCACUCAUUGUCUGUGUCCCUCUCUGGGUGAGGGACUAGCUCUUACCUAUGAAAGACUUCUGAAGCAUUGUUGCUUAGUAAUGAGAUUACAGCCUGUAAAUGUUUUGUCUAUUGCUUUAGAAAGAAUCCACCAGAGUGGUAAGAGAUGGUUUUUGUGUGUGUGUAUUGUAUGAAAGUCUUAAAUGUCUGUACAGAUCGUAAUUAAAUUUUGGUCAUAAGUUUAUGGGGCCUAAUUACUGGCUGCCAUUGGGCUGGGCUGACAUUGAUGGCACUUCUGGGGAAAGUUAUGAUGUAACCACAGUGUUCUGGAGAUGUCAUCAGUAUGGGGGCAAGACAGUUGGUCAUAAAUAAAUGGUACUCUGAUUGCCAGUUUCAGACCCACAAACACCCCUUAGGCUGUGGACAGAUGACUUGCAAACAGCUACUUGUCUCCUCUGGCAUUCUGAUCUAUCUUGCAUCAUUUUUUUUUUUUCCCUCCUCCCCUUCCUUUCCACCCCCUUUCAUUACCUACCUGUUGCCCAUGUAAUUAUCAUAAACUUUUAAUAUUGUUCCUUUUUAAAAAGCUUUAUUAAAACUGCAUUGUUUUA